CUCUGUCAGGUCCUCUCCCGCUGCAUAUAAAGAGGAGGAGCGGCCCUGAUACGUUACAUUGUGUUUCAGGAGCUGAAGAGAGAAUGUCCGGCCGCGGCAAAGGAGGAAAAGGACUGGGGAAAGGAGGCGCCAAGCGGCACAGGAAGGUGCUCAGGGACAACAUCCAGGGCAUCACCAAGCCCGCCAUCCGCCGCCUGGCACGGAGAGGGGGAGUCAAGCGCAUCUCUGGCCCCAUCUAUGAGGAGACUCGUGGGGUCCUCAAGGUUUUCCUGGAGAAUGUCAUCCGGGACGCCGUCACCUACACCGAGCACGCCAAGAGGAAGACCGUUACCGCCAUGGAUGUGGUGUACGCUCUCAAGCGCCAGGGCCGCACUCUAUACGGCUUCGGCGGAUAAACCUCUUCCUUCCCACUAAUCUUAUACCCAAAGGCUCUUUUCAGAGCCGCC